AUGUCUAAAUCGAGCAGUGAUAAAAAUCAAAUUGUAUUUGGCUACUGGGCAAUUCGUGGCUUGGCAGAACCAGUUCGUUUAGCUUUACAUUACACUAAAACACCGUUUACAGACAAAUUAUAUGUACAAGGUGAAGGUCCAGAAUACAGUCGACAAGAAUGGCUUAGUGAAAAACAAAAUCUUGGUCUUGAUUUUCCUAAUUUACCGUAUCUAUUUGAUGGUGAUUUUAAAAUUACUCAAUCAAAAGCUAUUUUAUAUUACCUUGGACGUAAAUUCAGUCUUAUGGGAAAGAAUCUAAAUGAAGAAGCACGAGUGAUGAUGUUAUGUGAAGAAGCUCAUGAUCUUCGCUCGGCAUUAAGUGGAGUUUGUUAUAGUCCAAAAGGAGAAUCAAAAGAAGAAAGAAAAAAAUUUGUUGAAACAACUGUAUCGGAAUAUUUACAAAAAUUGGAUAAUUAUUUUGGCAAAUAUAAUACAAAAUUUGCUGUUGGUGAUGCACCAACUGUAGCUGAUUUUCAAUUGUAUUCAUACAUUGAUUCUGCUUUAUUAUUGGAUGACGAACAAAGUUUAGUUGAUAAAUAUUCUAAUGUGAAACGAUUUUUGAAAACAAUAAAUGAAUUACCCGAAAUAAAAGAUUAUAUUGUCAAAUCUCAUGCCCAAUUGCCUAUCAACAACAAAGUGGCCAAAUUCGGUGGCCAAAUUGUUCAAAACAAAUGA